GACCAAUUACGUACCUCGUUGGAUUAUAUCUAAGCAAGAAUCAGUUUUGACACAUCGGCAGCAAGUAAGAGGCAUUUUGUUUAGUUAUUGAAGUUGUCAAUUGCUGCCGAAAAUGGCUGAGCAAGAAAGUCUGGAAUACGGGAAGGGAGACUUCGUCCUUCUCGAUGAAGUCACCAAGACUGCAUUUAUGGAGAAUUUGGAGUCCCGCUUUCACAAAGAACGAAUCUAUACGUACAUCGGGGAGGUGGUUGUGUCCGUAAACCCGUACAAGACUUUGGAUAUCUACGGAGACGAUAAAAUUCAAGAAUACAAGAUGAGGGAAAUGUAUGAGCGCCCGCCACAUAUUUUCGCUCUCGCUGAUGCCUCUUACAGGGCUAUGAAGAGAAGAUCCGAAGAUACAUGUAUCAUGAUUUCAGGUGAAAGUGGAUCGGGGAAAACGGAAGCGUCCAAGAUUAUCAUGCGAUACAUAGCAGCCAUCACGAACUUAUCAAAACAAAAGGAAAUUGAACGAGUUAAAGACAUUCUGUUGAAGUCAAAUGCAAUCCUUGAAAGCUUUGGUAAUGCCAGAACCAAUAGGAAUGACAAUUCCAGUAGGUUUGGAAAGUAUAUGGACAUUGACUUUGAUUUCAAGGGUGAUCCAAUCGGAGGGCACAUAUUCAACUAUCUACUUGAAAAGUCACGUGUUGUGAAGCAGCAAGAAGGAGAACGCAAUUUCCACUCCUUCUAUCAGCUUCUGCAUGGAGCAUCUGAUUCCAUGAUCGGGGAGUACGGACUUGAGAGGGACGCCAUGUUGUACUACUAUACCAAACAGGGCAAAGUACCGAAGAUUUCUACAAUCAAUGAUUCGUCACUAUAUAAGUUAAACUGCGAUGCGAUGAAAUCCGUUGGAUUUAGCGCAGAAGAGCAAAAGACGGUGUGGAAGCUAGUUGCUGCGAUACUCCAUCUGGGCAAUGUCGUAUUUACACACGAGGAUCACGAACAGGCAGUAGUCGAGAACAAAGACGUGCUUCAAAUUAUAGCCAAGCUGCUCGGUCUAUCCCAUGAGAUGCUGGAACGCGCUCUCUGUUACCGAGUGGUCGCCGCGCGAGGGGAAGUGAUGGAAAAGGGGCACAACGAGAAGGAGGCUUACCACGGUCGUGACGCCCUGGCCAAGGCUGCGUACGACCGUCUGUUCUCUUGGAUUGUAAGCCGAAUCAACGACAGUAUCGAAGUUCGUGACAAGAAAGAGCACGGGAAAUGCACAGUCAUCGGUGUGCUCGACAUCUAUGGCUUUGAAAUCUUCGAGACGAAUAGCUUCGAGCAGCUGUGUAUCAACUACUGCAACGAAAAGCUUCAGCAGCUGUUUAUCGAGCUUGUGCUGAAGGAAGAGCAGGAAGAAUAUCAAAGAGAGGGAAUCGAGUGGGAGGAGGUUGAAUACUUCAACAACAAGAUCAUCUGUGAUCUGAUCGAGCAAAGUCACAAAGGAAUCAUCGCCAUCAUGGAUGAGGGUUGCUUAAAUGUGGGCAAAGUCACGGAUCAGAUGUUGCUGCAGACCAUGGACAAGAAGCUAGCCAAGCAUCCACACUACCGAAGUCGCCUGACAGACCCAUCUGAUAAAUCAAUGGAGUUCCAUCGAGACUUUUGCAUAAAGCACUACGCGGGAAACGUGAUCUACUCAGUGGAAGAAUUCCUCGACAAAAAUAAGGACACGCUUUUCCAGGACUUUAAGCGACUGCUGUACAACAGCAAGCAUAAGAGUCUAAAGGACAUGUGGCCCGAAGGACAAGAGUCGAUCACUAAGACGACUCAACGGCCAGCGACUGCAGGAACCCUUUUCAAGAAUUCCAUGAUUGCACUGGUGGAGAAGCUGAUCUCGAAGAGGCCGUUCUACGUGCGAUGUAUCAAGCCAAAUGAGAUCAAAUCCCCGGUAGCUUUCGACGAAAAGGUGGUGGGGAACCAGGUUGACUACUUGGGUCUAUUGGAGAAUGUUCGGGUUCGUCGAGCCGGCUACGCGUUCAGAAUGCACUACAAGCGAUUUCUUCUGAGAUACAAGAUGACAGACGCAAAAACCUGGCCGAGUUACCCUGGACAGGAUAUCGACGGAGUUCGAGAGAUUGUUGAUUCACAUGGCUUUUCCGAUGAUGUAAAAUACGGGACAACAAAAAUCUUUAUUCGUACGCCACAAACGAUCUUUGAGUUAGAGAAGAGUCGCGCAGCCAAGCUUCCAGACCUCGUCUUCAUGCUACAGAGGUGUUGGCGAGGAGGGAUUGCGCGAAUGCGGGCGAAGAGGAUGCGCUCUAUUUACUGCAUCAUGACGUGUUUCAAGCGCCACCAACUCCGCUCCUUUUUGAGUCAAAUUGAAACCCGUUUCAAGGAUUGUGCUCAGCGUUCAGACUUCGGCAAAAGCAAUGAGUGGCCAGAAUCGCCCAAAGUCGCUCGGGAGUUCUGUGACUACCUGAAGGCUAUUUACGGGAGGUGGUGGGCGCUAAAGGUCAUCAAUCGUAUCCCUGAGGAAGACAAGCCGGAGUUGGCGCUCAAGUCCGCUGCCUACAACUGCCUGGAUGGCAGGCGCAAGCACUGGGGGCUACGGACACGAUGGAUGGGUGACUAUCUGGCACUGUCUGACGAGAACCCUGAAACCGAACUGUACAAGAGAUGCGUGCACACCAAGGCCGGAACUGUUAUCUUCUCGUCCCGUGUCCAAAAGAUCAACAAGCACAGCAAGGAGGAGAGUCGAACUCUUGUACUGACGGAGAACGCGAUACUCAAGAUGGACAGCAAAUACAAGGUCCUCAAGACCAUCUCUCUCGACAAGAUUACGUCACUGACUGUGAGCGCAGGACAAGACCAGUUGAUCAUCGUUCACAUCCCGCAUAAUGACCUUGUGGUGUGCUUGCUCAACAACAAGAAAGCGAAUCGUGUCGUCGAGUUUAUGGCGUCUAUAUACAAGCAAGUUCUCCAGACACAGAAAAAGGCGCUUCCAGUAGAGGUGACCGCCAACCCGAAUUGUGUGCUGGGAAAUAAAGCCAAGCGCUUGACAAUCGAAGAGACGGACAAAGCUGAUCACGUGACGUUCAAGAAGCAAGGGGGAGACGGGUUUGUUUUAGUCUCACCAAAAAUUCAAGUUUAGAAACAAACUGUCAAAUGAAUUGGUUUGUGAUAAAAAAAAAAUUAAUAGGCACUUAACUAAACACCUUAUUUCAAAUGUUCCACUCGGAGAAUGUGCCGUAGCCCGAAUAAGAAAGCUAGCGUAAAUAAAAACAAAUGCAGUUUUGGAAAGCUGUUGCAUUCUUGUUUAUGGGCCUGUUAACAUUUACAUGGCUUUCAGAGACAACAUUUAGUCAUUUUACCCAUUUUACCCCAACCAAUGCGGGUUACGAAACAUGUAACGUGCAACCUUAUUUGCAGUAGGUAUAUACACAAAUUCACAGAAACUUUGCCUACUUGAGUUUUAUACUCAGCUAUAAAAAAAUCUCAAAACUUCAAAUAAGGGCAUUGCAUUAAUGCAGUUUAUUUUCAUUUUAUUAACUUUUUAACAUUUUGGUGCAAUCCAGUCUCGACAGACGAGAAGGAAUGGACAAGGAGGGAAGAUUAUUUUUCAAUAAAUAUAUUUAAAACCAUUUCAGUAAAAUAAUUCCAACUUUCUCUCAGUUGAGACUAUUUUAAAUUUUUGUAUACUUUUUAAUAGAAGAUAAUUCUGUAAUUCACCAACACUUUUGUAAAACAAAAUAUUUAAAUAAACAAAGAAAAUAGUAUGUAGGCAACGAAUAGACAAUAUUUUGAAUAAUUAAAGAAAAAUGCACCAA